GACUACGGCCCCUUUGGCUUCGUCGAGCAGUACGAGCCGCUCUGGUCGCCCUUCACCUCGGACGCAGAGCGAAAGUUCGGGUUCGAGCGACAGCCCGUCGCAGCGCAGGCGGUGGUGGAGGACGAGUACCCGCAGCUGCUGCGCGCGGAGCUGGGCGCCAUGCACGCCGCCAAGCUCGGCCUGGCUACUUGGGACCAGGCCAGCCGCCGCCGAGCCGCUCGCUCGCGCGCGCUUGCCGAGGCGAUGGCCGAGCGCGAGGGCGAGUGGGCGGCGUGGCUGAAGGCGUACGCCUCGCGCAUCGCCGCGGAGGGUGCGGCACGCCCGAUAGCAAGCCCUAUAGGGACUGACAAGGGACGGCAGCCCGAAAGGAGCUGGAGAGUAGAGCAGCCCGAGUAG